UGUGUUUCCCAUGUUCGGGUUAAGCGUGGUUUUCAGAGAGCAUUGAGCAUCCCCUGCUGGAAAUGAGACCCUUUUCAGAACCUCGAGUACUCAAGAGUCAAAGCAGUGCGUGUCACUGAUCUUUCAUUGCGUGGGAUCUCCUGUGUGCAUGUGGUGCACAUAUUGGGCUUAGGCAGCCAGGAGGACUAAGAAUGGUGCUGGCAAAACACAAAGGAUGUUCAAUGGACAUUGACAGAUUACAUACCAGUUAAACAGACAAAUAGCUGUGCCACAGCUGGCUCGGAGAAGCUCCUUCUGCAGAGGUGAAGUUUCAGCUCAUUGUGUUGGCACUGCUCUUCCCACGAGGGCUCAGCAGUCCUUGAAAUCAGUUUUCAGGAGAAAACCCUCACAAACUUCCCCAGACUUUAUGCAGUGUGCCAGGAGGGUGCGAGCAAAAACGUGUGCUCCUCCCAGUGUUUGUAUGUUUGCUGCUGCGAUGCUAGUCAGUAUGCAGCUCGUAUAGCCAUAGACAGAGCCAGCCUGCUGCAUGGAAAUCAGGGCACUGCGGCUGCUGCAUCCCUUCACCUGCCCCAACUGCAUCCGCCUGUUCAGUUGUUUUUAGUGGAGAGAUCUGGAUGUGGCUGAAGGUGAAUAAACCUCUCCCUGGUUCAAUGUCUUGUGAAGCCUGCUGAAGAAGUUCAAGUGGGAGAAGCUCUGUUAUUUAUGUUAAAUGACUUCAAGGUGUUUCACAUAUGCCUUGGACCACACUGAAUUUCCACCAGGCUGCAGGUGUGGAGCUGUCUGGUCACAAGGAAUAUGCUGACAGGUACAUGAAGCUCCACCAGUUCCUCCAGCUCAUCCCCAUGGUGGCCCUUUGCUUCGCAGGCACCAGAGGCAUUGGGAACAGCAGGGUAAGGUUACAGGUGGAAUGCUGUUUCUUUGGAGGCUUUGGUGCAGUGCCUGCUGUCAAUCAAGAGAAGAUGAACUGUGGCAAAGGCCAAGCACUCCCUUGGUGCUGCAGAUGCAGGGUCUCAUUCACAUCACCUGAGGGAUGUGGGCUCCAGGCGGACUCUUCUACCUUGGUCCCAUGGAAUACCUCAGCCCUGCAGCUAGUGAAGGCACAGAGAAGGGCUCUGUUGAUGGAGCAGCACUGAGCUGUCACUGAUUUGUGCCAGCACGUAGGGCUCGGCUCUGAAAAGUGACACUUGGGAUGAAUAAAUCAUGGGCCCCCUCUUAGCAACCUGACGGCUUCAUCCAGCACUGCUGGUGGUGAAAGAGGGCGCAGGCUCUGCUUUAAGAGCAGGGAGAGCUCGCUGCCAGCUGAGUCGUCAGCAGGAGGUCGGGGAGGCCAUGGAAAGGAACACGCACCUCCUUCAGGUCAUCCGCGAGAUGCACUCCCAGAUCGACAAGCUGGAGCGGGAGAACCAGAUGCUGAGAGAAGAGCUGCGUACCUGCGGGCUGAGUGCUGCUGUGGGAGGUGGCAGUGGGGAGAUGGGCGGCCCGCACUGCCCCACAGAAGGACCUGAUGCAUUGCCCACGGUCCCAGUGGAUCAGGCAGACACCACCAUGACGGUGCGGCGCUACUCCACUGCAGCAUCAGCACCCUCAAGGCCUCACCGUGCCAGCAAGCAGCCCCCGAGCAGCAGGCAGCUGGAGGAGCGGGGCAGGGCCGAUUCGCAUGCCUGUCCCACUGCAGCACAGCACCUCAGCGAUGUAGGCAGAGGCCUUGGGAAGAGCCCAGCCAACUGCUUCUCCAGCGGCAGUUCCAGCAAAAUGAGGCUGUUCCAGGAGCAUGUCCGCAGGUGCAGGGGUAAAGUAAAGGCUGUUAGUUUCCUGUUACCAAUGGAUGUGUCUUAUGCUGCAAAUCAAGGUUCUUUCAAAAGCCUGCAAAAUCGGGACACAAAACAGUUAAGUACCAUCACUGAAAAGGAUAUGUGAGCUGGUGAAUUUUUAAAGGCCCAUUGAUUCUCGAGAUAAAUUGGCCUUAAGUGAUAGCUAUGUGUCAGGUUCCUUAUCUGCAAAACGCUUUGGCAGGCUGCCUUCAGAGACUCACCCAGACGGUGUUUCGGGUCACUGCCCUGUUGUUCAGCAAGGAAAUGGAAGCCACGACAAAACUGGCUGGAAGCAUGUAUGCUGUGAUGGAGUCACAUGAUAGCAAAGCUCCUCCACAAAGCAGCUUCUGCUCAACACGACUGAAGGCUCCCUCGCCUCAACACUGCUUUAAACAGGAUGUUAAAGCUGGUUUUGCUAUGUUUGUCACAAAAAGCGGAAACCAAGUCACAUCUUGUGUUUGCUGAUCCCUUGACAGGUGAGGUAUUUGUUGCAAAUGAAGAAGUAAGGCUGCUAAAGGACCUGGGAAUCUCUUCUGUACUUAAAACUUCAAAUUUCACAAUACCAAUACAGCAAAGUCAAGGGGAUGUUACAGAACCAGUUAACAUGACUCCAAAUUUUUGCAAAACUUGUCAGUGACUGCUGAUGUCCACUUCAGGUCCAACUCUACAGGAGCACAAGGUGCUAAUCAAUAUGUAAUCAUGACUGUAAAUCUGUUUCUGAGCUGGUGUCCAUCAGAGAUAGCCGUACACCAAGUGAGAACAGGAAGGACUCUGAAUCUCAGAUGUUUUCAGGAAUGGUGUCUGAACACAGCUCAGGUCAAGAAUCAUUAGAAAAACAUCCAGCAUACUGAUGCAAAACCAAUGGAAGAAUAAAAUGACUUGUAAAAAAUGAG